UCUCCUUGGUGCUCGCAAGGGAAGAGCGGCAGAUCAUCGUUCGCAUAAAACUAAUUGAUCACAGAUCUUUUUAAUCGGUUACCGUAUGUUUACCACAUCAAGGGUGGCAGCAGCGUCUGGCGUCAUCUCACUGGUGUUUCGAAGAAGUCCGCACUGUAACGGGUAUGUUGAUGCAUGAAUUGCAAGAACUUGGAAAUAAUGCCCUAUACACCAAGCACUCAGACGCAAGCCUUCACUUCGUCUACGUGAUAAACAAGUUGAUGACAAGAGCACCUCUAAGAAUUCAGUAAUUCACUUACUGUGACAGUCUUGACAGUGACAACCUUGAGAGGUAAUUACAGCCUAUAUACCAAUGAAGAAGGUUCCGAUUGCUGCUGGCUUAAGCGGCACAUUUCCGGGUGCUGGAAUGCUAGCCGCAUUAAAGGCGAUGGUAACCAGCCGUUUGUUCAAGCUAGUCGCUGGUUGUGUUCUGGUAUACAUACUCAUGGAUGUUUGCUUCGACAUGCGUGAAUUCAAAGAAGCACGUUUCAAAGCGAUGUUUCAAACAUACUCUAUCGCAGACAAAAUAUCCCUGCGAGAUGCGAAACAGACAAUGAGUACCCUGGCAGCGAAUCAAGCGAUCGCAAUUACCGGAGUUCCUGCUGACGUCCUGAGUGAUAGUACUAGAACAAAUAUUUCUGCGAAGCAGCUGUGCCCACCUAUACCGCCAAAUCUGGUUGGUUACAUACCCACGAAGAUGGAUGUGCCAUCCUUAGACGCGGUAGAAGACGAAUUUCCUGACGUGAUGGCUGGUGGCCACUUCCGACCCAAGGAAUGCACAUCCCGGCACAGGGUGGCUAUCCUCAUACCUUAUAGAAACAGGAGGGAACACCUCAAUAUUUUUAUAUACAACAUUCACCGCGUGCUGGCGAGGCAGCAGAUUGACUAUGGUGUUUUUCUCAUUGAGCAGGGUGAUGAUAAAGAGUUCAACCGAGCUAAGCUCUUAAACGUUGGUUUCCUGGAAUCUACAGCAUUGUACGAUUAUCAGUGCUUCGUGUUCCACGAUAUUGACCUCGUGCCAGUCGACGAUCGCAAUGUUUACACGUGUCCCCAGCAGCCGCGGCACAUGUCUGUGAGGAUAGACUCCCGAUCAGGCGUUCCCUACACUUUGAUGUUCGGUGGCGUUAGUGCCCUGAGCAAGGAACUAAUGCUACGGGUGAAUGGCUACUCCAACGUGUACUGGGGUUGGGGAGGAGAGGAUGACGACAUGACAUUCAGGCUGAAGCAUAUCAACCAGACCAUUCUCAGACGUCCUCCGGACAUUGCGAGGUACAAGUCUCUAAGUCAUAAGCAAAGCAAGAAGAAUCCGGCCAGGGAGGGCAUCCUUGCGGAGUGGCAGAAGCGCUAUAAGACAGAUGGCUUGAACAGCAUGAACUACAAAGUCAUGGAUAUAGUGUUCAAGAAGCUUUACACGUGGAUACUGGCUGACCUAAGAGGGUCAUAGCUUAUUUAUACUCCACCUGUUCUUAUUUUAUUUUUAUUUUUUCCUAUUGGUUAACCCGUUCGCGCAAUUUAUUCCGGUAGGUGAUUUACUUGAACAUCUGCACAUUAUUUCCAUAAACAAAAAAGCUUGUCAUUAGCUGAUCAAGCUUCCCCGAAAGGAUUUUGGGAUCGCGUUACGACACAUACUUUAUUUUGCGAAUUUAAGCAGCGCUGUAUGACGACGCUCGUCUGCUGAUUCUGCGUAAGCAGCACCCACACGAGCGUGUCGCAAAGGGAACGCUUCCACCCCGCGUUCGUGGUCGAUGCUUGUCUCACCGCGCUAGAGUAAAAUUGAUCAAGCUAAGCGAUGCCUGUUUGAACGUGUCUGAAUGCUUACAUCGACACGGACGUGCGGAUGGUCCGUCAGGUACGUCUUGCGGUUUAUACGAGACACUUCAGCACCUGAUAUUGGAGUGCCUGCUUUCAUUGCGCAGCGCACGUCGUUAGCGAGGGAGUUUCAUCUCCUCGGCCUGUGAUCUAUGACAUUAGACGAAUGUUUGCAUCCCACGGGGUGUGCGUCUCGAUGCGCUCAUGCUCAUCGCGCUCUCCUUACUCUUAUAGAAGGAUCUAACUUAUGUUCUCGUAUGUAGCCUAUUUCUUUUUGUUUUCAAAUGACAAGACCUCAGACAUCAUUUCUUCUAUCUUUAUCUAUAUUUUUGUACCGUGACCUAAGCGACCGUUCCUACCGUGCUCAUAUGCAUUUUGCGUGCAUUCUUUGAGUUUAGUCAACUAGUUUUUUUUUAACUGUUUCUUUCGUCUUUGCUUCCUUUCUUCCAUUUAUAUGUUUCUGCCUCCUCCAUUGUGAAGAGUAGGCAAGCGUUGUGAUCCUUCCGGCGGUAUAGUUGCCAGCCAGCUCCUCGCUUUCUCUUUUCCUCUGAAGUGUAUGUAUGGUUUCAAAACAAAUAAUAAGAACAGUGUGAUGAAGAAGACGUGCAACAUGCUCUGCAGAUGAUGCACUCCACCAACAGUAUCAGCAUCGUGAUCGCUCCGCAAAAGACGACGCCGAAGUCACCGCUAAGAGCGCUGCCCGACGUAACUGUUAGCCGCCCGUUCUGUGCCAGUAUAUCCGAAGGAUCUACAUCUACGCCUGUAUCAAUAAACAUCAUUUCAACAGUCUUAAUA